AUGUCCAGCGCUACUCUUCCCGAUCCUCCGCGCGAUGUGGAUGCCAUCGAGUCGAUCGAGCAGGCCCUUACACUCACAACCUUCACCGCCGACGACGUCUGGGAGAUCGGCACGGCCCUUCGCGAGCGUCUUCUGGCUUUCCAAGGGCCCGCCGUAGUGAACAUCACCCUCGCAAACUCAAACCAGCUCCUCUUCCACACAGCCACGCGUUCGGGAACGCAGGCGGACAACGACACUUGGGUCGCCCGGAAGCGCGCUACGGUGCUCAGGUUCGGGCAUAGUACGUGGUACAUGCAUAACAAGAACAAUGGCGACGAGUCCGCCUUUGCUGCUAAGUACGUGCUGGGGGAGCGAGCGGGAAACUACGCGAUUCAUGGUGGUGGAUGGCCGGUCAGGGUCAAAGGUGUCGAGGGCGUGGUGGGCGUUAUCGUGGUCAGUGGGCUGAAGCAGGAGGAAGACCAUCAAGUAAUCGUGGAGGUGCUGAAGGAAAUUGUGAAGAAGCAGGAGGGGAAGGCUUGA